CAAAAUGGCACUUACAUUGCGAUCGCUGUCUGCAGCAAGGCAAACCCUCAAGAAGAUCAGGAGCAUUGAUCUGUGCAUGGUUUGUCCACUGCUUUUUUUGAAUCUGAAGUUUGUCAGAACUUAAGAUUAUUGAGACGUUUCAAAAAUAAAAUUUCAUUUUCAUAAAUACAAAAACUUCCAUACUUUUUUAGUUCCGAAAUGCUCGUUAUUUGACUACGACUACCGAAGCCAAGCACCGAAGUUUCAAUAACAAGGAGAAUAAGGAAAGCAAGGGAAAGAAAAACAAGUCUAUCAUUUUUAGUGGUAUUCAACCUACAGGUCAGCCUCACUUGGGCAAUUAUCUCGGCGCGAUUUCAAAUUGGGUCAAACUUCAGGAACAAGCACAUCAUGCGAACGAAACCUUACUCUUCAGUGUCGUGGAUCUUCAUGCUCUCACCAUGCCUCAGGAUCCAAAGAAACUUAGAAAGGAGCGAAGAGAAAUGGCUAUCACAUUGUUGGCCUGUGGUAUCGACCCUAAGAAAUGCAUCCUAUUUGAGCAAUCCAAGGUUCCAGCACACACAGCUUUAACAUGGAUCUUAAAUUGCAUGACUCCUGUCGGUUGGCUCGCGCGAAUGACACAGUGGAAGUCAAAACUUGGAAUCCACAGAGGUUCACAAAGUUUGGAAGAUGUCAGUGCUACAGAGGGAUUACAGCUCGGACUCUUUGCAUAUCCAGUCCUCAUGGCAGCCGACGUUUUACUCUACAGAGCCGACAAAAUCCCAGUGGGAGAAGAUCAAGUCCAGCAUCUGGAGCUUGCCCGCGAUAUUGCUCAAAUCUUCAAUAAGAAUGUGAAGAACGAUUUUUUCCCCCUUCCAAGACCAGUAAUCACCGAGACUAAAAGAAUCAUGUCUUUACGAGACCCCACAAAGAAAAUGUCCAAAUCAGAUUCAUCCAGCCAGAGUCGUAUUCACCUGGUUGAUUCACCAGCUGAAAUUUCUUCAAAAAUCAAGCGUGCUGUCACGGAUUCGACCCGUGGUAUCUCCUACGACCGACUCAGACGGCCUGCAGUUGCCAAUCUGAUCGAGAUCUAUGCUACUAUGAAACAUAUUAGUAUUGAAGAUGUUGUUCAGGAGCAUGCAGAGUCCACCACGGCUGUUUUCAAAGAAGCCCUUGCAGAUGUGAUCAUCUCUUCUCUCAAGCCUAUUCAGGAGGAAAUAGCUCUUUUAGAAAAAGAUGAUGGGUAUAUCCAGUCUGUGCUUGACCAAGGAGCCGAACGGGCUUCUGAAAUUGCUCAAGCUAAUCUCAGUGAGAUUCAGAGGCUGGUUGGACUUCUUUAGAAUUUUUUUUAUAUAUACUUCGAAUUGAACCGCAC